AUGUCAGAGGCUGUGGUGGUGCCCCGCUCCUUCCGGCUGCUAGACGAGCUUGAAAAGGGCCAAAAGGGACAAGUGGCUGAAGGCGUUUCCUUUGGCUUAGAAGAGGCAGACGACAUAACUCUUACAAACUGGUCAGGGACCAUCUUCGGGCCCCCGGGGCUGGUGGUGCACGUGUUGCUUUCCGUCAAACUGCUCUCCUGCUGCUGUUGCUGCUGCUGCUGCUGCUCCCUCGGCCUUCCUGCUGCCGUUGCUUGCCGGUGGCGCUUCCACCUUUGCUUCUCUGCUGCUGCUGCUGCUACUGCCUUUGGGUCGAAGCGGCCUCAUACCACUACGUGGUUGCUGCUGCUGCUGCUGCUGCUGCAGCAGCAGCUGCAGCAGCAGCGCCGCGCUGCCGCGGCUCUCCUUACUCUUCACUAUGUGUGUAAACCUAGCGUUAUGAAGCAAUAA